CUGAAACAUUAAUUAUUUCUUUGUUGAUAGGUUUAUAAAUGCAUAGGAGUAUCAAGAACAUCAACAUGCUCCUCAACAACAGCUACACCAACAUCAUCACCACCACCCCCACUCCCAACUUUUCACACAGGCCUUUUUCCUGCUCCUCCUAUUUCUCGAUCUCCUCUCAACUCAACAGCUAAAAGCGCUUUAAUUUCCAAGCCACUAAUUCCCCACCAUGACCACAAACCCAAUCCCACCACACUACCCACAAACUUGGUAUUGGGAGCCAUCCAUGAUGAGCUCCUACAACCAUUACCACUACCCGGGAAUAGACUACGAGAAAGAGCACUUGUUCGAGAAGCACUUGACCCCCAGCGACGUCGGGAAGCUGAACAGGCUAGUGAUUCCGAAACAGCACGCCGAGAAGCACUUUCCGCUGGACGCAGAAGCCGGCGAGAAAGGCCUCAUACUCAGCUUCGACGACGAAGCGGGGAAGCCGUGGCAAUUCCGGUACUCGUAUUGGAGCAGUAGCCAAAGCUACGUGCUCACUAAAGGGUGGAGUAGAUAUGUUAAGGAGAAGCGGCUCGACGCGGGGGACGUCGUCGCCUUCGGACGCUCGCGUGCCGGCGCCGGAGACCGCCUCUUCAUCAUCGGGUGCAGGCGGAGCGGCGGGCACGACGACGCGCACGUGCCGUGGAGCUCGUCGUCGAGCUCCCAUGUGUACCUCCGUAGCCCGGUGCAACAAGAUAACUGUUACAACCUUCGUGCAGGAGGCCAUAAAGAUCGACCAGCGGACAGUCCGGUGCCGGCAUCGGCGCCGGCACCAGAAAACCCUAGAAGGCUCAGAUUGUUCGGCGUGAAUCUCGAGUGCGGGCCGGACCUACAGGAGUCGGAAUCGGCGUGCUUAGGGUUCGAUUUUAUGAACGAGAGCCAUUGCCCACCAAUCUCUUCAGUUCCAAAUUAUUGGAUGAGCCCUUAGUAUGAGGAAGUGCAGAGAGGAGGAGAUCUGAGGCCAUGCUCCCAAAUCCUACCAACCAAUCUUCUGCUCUAUGGCCAGUGACAGCUCUGAUUGACUUGUGAAGGAAAUAUUGGAAGGAAAAAAAGAAAAA